AUGACUUUGAAGGAAUUUGACGUCCAGAUGAGCCGAUUUGCUGUGUCCGGCUUCCUUACCUCCUCAUGGACUGAUCGACGACUGGAAUGGUUGCCUUCGGAUCAUAACGGGAUCUCGUCACUCCAGCUGUACCAAGGCGAUAUUUGGACUCCGGGGUUUGUUUUAUGGAACUCUGACACGUCAUUGACUUCUAUGGGGUACGACAAUACACCUGUGAGAGCAUAUUCUAACGGCUUGAUUGUUUGGAGUCCAGGACAGGUGUUUGUAACGUCAUGUGAUGCUGACGUCACAUAUUUUCCCUUCGACAUACAGCGUUGUGCAAUGGAUUUUACACCACACGGCUACAAAAUGGAUGAAAUUAACAUGACUAUUGAUGAAACCUUCCCUUCUAAGGGCGAAUCGACCUUAAAUACCAUGUGGGAAGUACGACAAACGAAGAUGUUUUUAACGGAUAUGAAUAAUGAACUAAUGCUACAUGUCUCUGUUACAUUUAGUCGGCGUGGACUUAUCUUUGUCCUAAUUCUCAUACUGCCGGUAGUUUUAAUGAGCCUCGUGAAUCUUGCAGUAUUCUUCAUCCCAGUAGAGGAAGGAAACAGAGUCGACUUCUCAACAACCAUGCUGCUAACCAUAUCGGUUGCUAUGACAGUAGUAGGCGGCUACCUUCCAGAAUCUUCUUUACCCCAAAUUUCCCUCAUGUGUUACAUGGUAUCUAUCCACGUUUUCAUCAGCAUGCUAGUGAUGGUAUUUACGGUUAAAAGUGUUCAGAUUUAUCACAGAACCGAAACAGAUGAAAUGUCAACUAUGUCUAAAUUCUUAACAAAAGUUCUGCUGGGUAAACGACGAGAAAAAAUUGGAAUCAAAACUCCAAACAAAGAGGAUAUCACGGAAGUUAAAGAAUUUGAGCGACCGAAAUGGAUUAUAAGUUCACCAGAUGAUAUCGGAAAAGAUGAGGUGAAAAUAGAUAAUCGGGCGGAAGAUGAUACUAAUCAAAUAAAUGACGUGAGUGUAACUUGGAAAGACGUUGGGUCGACAUUUGACAGACUUUCUUUCAUCUUCUUCAUUUUACUGAUCGGUAUUCUAGAUUUAGUUACUAUUUCUAUGGUAUUUUUGAAGGGUGGAAAAACACCUCUUUAG